AAGUUUUUAUUUUUCAGUGAACUCACUUUUUUGGUUAGUUUUCUGUGAUGUUAUCGGGAUCCUAUGAAAAUGUAAAGAAAGGGUAAAUCAUUUGUUACUAUUUUACAUUGUUUGACAGCCUCAAAAUGUAACAAUUUCGUAGUCUUCAUUAGUAAAUCGCGCCAUUUUACUGUCAACAUACCGGUACUAGAUUGCUGCCUCAGAUCACUCCGCGGCCUCUUUAUUUUCAUUCAGUCAGAAACGUGUUUUGUGGUAAUGUUAUGUAAUUAACCCGUAACUACGGCUACUAUUAAAAUUGUGUUCUUUAAAAAAUUGAGUAUUGGAGUAUUUGGAAAGCCUUCGAGCAUUGACUAGAAGUUUAAAACAACACGAAGGCACUGGUCGACGGAGUAAAGCAGCCUACAGGUUGCCUUUGUUAGUGCGCUACGUUGGAUGUCAAUGAAGCUAAUCCUAUGUUUAUUAACUAGUCCACAGAAAUAAGAAACAUGAACGGUAAUCAGAAUUUUCUGAAGUUAUUUGGUAAUAUUAAUUGUCGUAUUGUUUGUCUUGUUGCUAGAACAAUUUGCUUUCUUGUUGGACUAACUUUUUUACUAGAAACUUUGAACCAAGUUAAUAUAAUCUAUACUUAUACACAAUUCCAUAUAGCCUAUUACUUGAUAUAUUGUAUUAAUUAUUUAUUUAUUUCAUGAGUAGUGUAAAAAUCUGGAAAUAUUACCAUAGCGUUUUUUUUUGCAUUAGCUGCACAUUAUGCUUAUGGCCCUUCCAAAAUUCAAAACAUGAAGACAUAAGAGUAAUUAACACAUCAGAUAGUUUGCCUCUGCUUGCUCAUAAUCAAGCACGUGGACUGAUUUGAACAGACAAGGAACGCGUGCAAACAGGCUAAUACAUGAUCAAAUAUUCGCGCAGAUUAAACCUCAUCGACUUUGCAAGCAUGAUAUUAUCACUGAAUACCUCCUGUCCCCAUCAACUCACAUGCAAAUCAUAGAUAAAUGAUAAGUCAAAGGCAACGUCCACGUUACUAUUUUUGCUCGACUUGCGCUGUCAUCAAAACACAAACUGUAUUUGACUACAAAUGAUCGUUAGUAUCAACUGAAUGUCGUAUGCAAAUGUAAACGCUUUGGCCGUUGCUGGCGGCUUCUGCAAUUGAAAUAAAUGGGAUGCGCUAGGAUAAAGUUGCCGUUGAUCCUCUAAUGAGAUGUAACUCGAUGUAUAAGCCACUGCAGCAGCUCAGCGCGUGUGCAGGAGGCGGCGCAUGGGACGGUCAUAUCAUUUCCAACGGACGAAGAUUAUUAUUAAAGUGUCCCAGUAGACCGGGAUGUCUUCCUGUCUCCAUCAGCCAUGCGUCCUCCCGGUGUAAACGAAUGAACAAACGAGGCGUUGCGGAGCGCGGUUAGCCAAUGCGGACGCUCCUCACACGCGAGAGAGCGUCGACUGGGAUAGUGAGCCGUCGAGCUGUCAGGUACGGAUGAUAAUUGUCAUGUUUCUGUUUCGGUCUGGACUUCCACAGGGGAAUGAGUAAUCGCUAUGUGCUCAUCGAAGGAGGCGGGUAUCUCUCAGACAUCCGGAAUCCAUCGCGGAAUCCCACAGCUGUACAGCGGGGCCGAGAGUCACAGCGGCCCGCUCUAGGAGCUCCUGCCGCGCGUCGUUAUGCCAUUCCCAGCGCUGUUUAUGGAGGAUUACUGUAGGAGACAGGCGUGCGUCAUUUCGUGCCUUGAUUGAUUCACGUUUUCCCAUAAUAUGGCCGAUCAGAGCAACAUUCAGUCCGCCGCCUCCAAAAGCAUCAGGCCGUUUAAAUCCAGCGAGGAGUACCUGUAUGCCAUGAAGGAGGAUCUGGCUGAAUGGCUGAACACGUUGUACGAUCUGGACAUCACGGCGGACACUUUUAUGGAGGGUCUGGAGACCGGCUGCGCGCUCUGUCGGCAUGCCAACAACGUGAACCGCGCCGCGCACGAAUUCAAGGCGAACUGUCCAGAUGCGGCGCUCUCUUUGCGGAUACCCAGCAAGGACGUGGUCUUCCAGUCGAGGAAUGUCAUUCCCGGGUCGUUUUUGGCCAGAGACAACGUGUCUAAUUUCAUCGGCUGGUGCAGACAGGAGCUCUGGAUCAAGGAUGUGCUCAUGUUUGAGACCAACGACCUGGUGGAGAGGUGCAACGAGAAGAACUUCGUGCUGUGCCUGCUGGAAGUGGCUCGCCGCGGGGCCAAAUUCGGCAUGCUGGCCCCCAUGUUGAUUCAACUGGAGGAGGAGAUCGAGGAGGAGAUCCGAGACCAGGAGAACCUUACGGAGGUCAUGGGGGAGACCGGGGAGUCCGAGAGCCCGCCGAAAAGGACGUACACUCGCAAGCAGAGCAUCGGUGAGCCCGACCCGGAGCUGUUGGCCCGCUGGCGGGAGCAGCAGAAGCGAGUUCUGCUGGAUAUGCGCAAUCUGGACGAGCUGGUUCGGGAGAUUCUGGGCCAGUGCUCCUGUCCGUCACAGUUCCCCAUGACCAAAGUCUCAGAAGGAAAGUAUAAAGUGGGCGACUCCAGCGCUCUCAUCUUCAUCAGGGUGUUACGGACUCAUGUGAUGGUGCGCGUGGGUGGAGGUUGGGACACACUUGAGCAUUACCUCGACAAACACGAUCCCUGUCGCUGUGCUGCAUACGCUCACCGGUAUCAGCAGGCAAAAGCGAGUGGCCAGGCUCCUCACAGUAAGAGCUCCAGCACUCAUUCUUCCCGCUCAACAAGCCCAGGACCUCACUGGCGUAAUGAGGGCAUCGCACCCUACAAAAUGCCCGACAGACGCUCGUUGGACCCUGCAAUGGGCACCACUGCGCAAUCCUCUCCAUCAAGACCCGGCAGGUCACACCAUGCAGCCGUGCCUGUGGAGAUGGACACAAACACAGGACGGCCCACAACACUGCUGCCUCGACCACCACGAGACAGAUCAGAGCCACGCCACUUUAAUCCGCUCAGAAAUAAGGAAUCUCUUCUUCCAGCCCGCAGGCUUUCAGGAGACAGUGACUCUUCUACUGCUUCUUCUAAAGGAGGAAGCACAGGAGGAGGCCGCUUCUCUCUGGGUACACGGCAUGCACAUGCAGAUGAGGUGGUUCUGCUGGUGAACCGAAAAGAGGGAAAACAUGUUAUUGAACGUCCUGGAGGGGCAGCACAGAUUCCAGCCCUGAGAACCCCUCAGACCCGUGCACGCAGUGCUUCCAGAGAGCGCCCUGCACAGCAGGCCAGUACAAUCCUGAAACCUAGUCCACCUCAGGGCCUAGCAGAGGUACAUCGAACACCCCAUACAGAAAGAGGCAGAUCUUUGGGGCCUGAUGGUCCACGAAAACUGCAGACGCCACGCUCCCUUAGCCAGGGUAAGACACCUAGAGGUAGACUGGGUGAUGUCAGUCCUGGAUCAUCUCCCCGCCGCAAAGACCCUCAUCCUCUUUCCAUAGAUCGAAGAGAGGAACUAAGACCCAAGCACGUGCCGACAGCUUCCCCAAAAUUAAGUGGAAGUAUGCCUAGAAGACAAGCAAAUUCCUCAGGCUCAAACUCACCUGCGAAGGGCUGCACUAGUGGAAGUCCUGCGAAAAAAGGAAUGGUCAUGCCAAGGCCUCCUGCUCCUCGGUCACCAUCCUCUGGAAGCCGGAAGUUACUUCCCCCUGUCACACAACCAGGACGGCGAUCCCCACAUUCUUCUCCCCGUUCAAGUCAUCAUCCACCACGCUCCCCUCGAUCUGCUCAUAAUUCAAGAUCUAUAGGAAGAGACCAAAGAGUUUGGGCAAAUCCGCACAACCAACAGCAGGAGAGCCAGGAGGACAGCAGCAUAUUUAGUUUACACCUGUUGCCAAGUCUUGACCCUCAAAGGGAGCAAGACCUGUAUCGCAGCUUUGAGGCAGAGUUUCUUGCCAAUACGCAACAAGCUAAGGCUGGGCACGGUAAAGCAUCUGCUGGAAGGGAGAUGAGGUCACUACAGCUCCCUGGCUCUCAACAAGCUUUAGGGGUACUCCCAAACUCUUCUGGUGACACUAACGUUACAGACUCUGCUUACUCUUCUUCUAACUCUUCAACGUCUUCUCUUAAUGUUGGAGGUAAAGUGGGAGUCCUGCCUGAUUUGCGAGAGUCUAAACGGACUAAUUCUCGUACCUGUGCACUCGAAGACCCUCCUGCCCUUCUGCAUAGCCAGAUUCGUGGAGGCCUCACUAACGGGGGGAUGAUGGAAGGAGAGCGAUGGGGUGGCAGAAGCGGUCUCCGUAAGCUCCCAGCCAUCUCCAGCUCCAUAGAGGAAGGGGAGACCUCAAAUCCAGGCUUAUCAAGGUCAGUGUGCCACCCCAAAGACAUCAAUGGCAGCCUUCCUUUGACUGAGGUACCAAUGGAGAGCCAAGAGGAACUGGUGGAAUGGCCUGGGUUGGAGGCAGACGUGCCACAAUGUGAACAUCACCCGGACCUGCCAUAUGACAAUGCUGACCAGCCUCUACCUGAAUCAUUUCCCUCCCCUCCACCCCCUGUUGAUGACUGUUCCUAUCAGGACUCUUCCAGUGAAAGCUCCUCCAUGUGCUUAAGUCUGAGUGAGCCUCCAUCUGAGGGCUCCUGCACUCCUCCUCGGCCACUGGCCAAUGGGGAUGCGGAUGGCACAGUUGUCCUCCGUGCCAAGAAAAGUCAAAAGAAGGCAGAGAGAGUCCCGUCCAUCUACAAGCUCAAGCUGCGUCCACGGAUACGACCUCGCACUGACAACAGACCCGAUAACAGCCCAUCACGCAUCCCUACGCCUGUACGGUAUGCAAAUCAUUGUCAUCAGUCUCCUGCCAACUCGUCUCCCCUCCAGACGCCCCCACAGUCCCCACGAAUAAACAAUCACCAACCCUCACACAAAGCCCUGCAUCAGGCUAUCGCUGACCUCAUCCAACCCCAACAGCGGUCUACAGCUAUGGGUUCUAGGGAGUGUGCUUAUUCUUCAGAGUCCAGCCUGGAUAAUGAGGCCUGGAUGUCGUGAAGCGUUCUGUGUUCCCUCACUCAGCUGAUUUACAGUCAGAAUAAAAAGAGGAGCGGCAAAAAAGCACAUUCGUGAGACUAGGAGACUUGAAUGCACAUCUGAUUGUUGUGUAAAACAUGUAGCAGGAUGCUGGAACCAUCACUGUCAUUUCACUGGAGACAUUUGCCCUGAAGUGGCUAAGAACAUUACCAAUGCCAUUUUUGACAUCUUGGACCAACAUAGCCUGUAUUUAAGUAAAUCAAAAUGCUCCAUGCACCAUCUGAGCCAUAGGUCUCAAACUCAAAAAAAAUAAUAAUAAUAAUAAACUCAAACCACAGCUCUGCUCAGUUUUGCUCCAACCCUAAUCAAACACAGCUGAUCCAUCUGAUCAAGGUGUUCAAGCCUCGUUUAAACACUCGAUUGUUUGGAUCAGCUGUGUUUAAAUAGGGUUGAACUGAAACUGUGUAGAGCUGUGACCCUCCAGGAAUUGUGUUUGAGAUCUAUGAUCUGCUAUGUUCAGAUUUGUUCAUUGGGUCAUUGUUCCUUCUUUGAGUUUUUAGUUUGACAAUGGAAAUCACUGCAAUUCCCAUUUAGGGAUAUAUGUGUUUAAUGCUUCAUUUUGAUUUUCUCAUGAGCUGUUCCAUGAGAACAAAUUUUAGCUAUUUUUCCAUUUAGGAUCGUAACAAAUUGUAUUUCCAUCAGGGAAUUGUAAUAUACAGAAUAUACUGUAUACUGUCAGACAUAAAGGUAAAGGAGCUGUCACUGAGGCAGUACCUUUUCAAAAGAUAGAUAUUUGUAGCUAAAGAAUCCACAUUGGUACCUCAAAGGGGCAUAUUAGUACCCAAGUGUACAUAAAACGUACCUAUGAGGUACCAAUAUGAACUCUUCAGGUACAAAUUUGUACCCCUUGAAAGGUACAGCUCCAAGGACAGCUCCUGUACCUUUAUUUCUGAGAGUGUAUAGUAAAAAGAAAGAGCUAUAAAAUCCACAGGGCAAAAAAAUAAUCAUGGCUGAAUAAUUUUGGUGUAAAAAAACACUUAAAUGAUAUUUCAGCCAUGUGAAAUCUGUAUUGGAAAUACUGUAAAAUACCUAAAUCUUUAGCCAAGGCUAAAUAGGAUUGCAUAUCAACUUGUUACAAUUCUCAAGAUAUUAUAAUUCAUACAUUGUCUGCUUAACUUCAACAUCGGCAAACAAGAAAAAAUUGUAUUUGUGUAACAUGUUCUGUACAAAAUAAUUGAUUAAUGUGUACAUUUAUUAUAUGUAAUAUAUGUUCAGUUGCUUUAAUGUGUGGUAGUAAAUUUAAAUUCAUUAAUGGAAUUUAAUUAAUUGAACUAAUGUAAAAAAAAAAAAAAGUAUGCUGUUUAUUUCAGUAUGGUAAUUCUGCCUUAGCUAUGCAAUGUUGCUAUUGAAUGUUGCCUUGACAAAUUUUCUUGCCUUAAAGUAAGAAUGAGAAGUGUAAAGUAUGGUCAAAUCUGUUAGCGUGUGAGGGAAUGUGUUCAACUGAAUGGAUCUUCUGUUUUGACCCGUUGUAAACUGUGAGACAAUCGCGAUUUAAAGGAGUAACACCUGAUCCUGUUUGUUGUUUUUUUUCAGCAGCUGGUUAAAUUUGAAGAUAUUACUUGAUUUAUCUACAAGUGAGAAAUGAUGAAGGAUGUUAAACGAAAGAUAGUGCCAUAUUGUCCAUCAAUAGGUUUUUCCAAAAAUGGAAAUCAAAACUUAUGGAUAGAAAAUGGAAAUUGUUAAGGAAAUCAAAUGAAUCCAAAGCUGUUUAUAAAGUAGUUGUCGUGGUAUCAGACCAAUUUCUUUUAAAGUCUAUGUCGCCACCAAGUGGUUGAGCGGUUAAACAGCUUGACAAAAAUAUCGUCACUAGCAAAGUUUGAUUGACCUGAAUCGACAGUAUGAACGUGAGUUAUCAUAAAUUAUCUGUGUGUGUGUGUGUGUUUAUUUCAAACACAUUUGUUCUGACAGAGCAUUGCAUAUUAUAGGGGAAAAACAUCGACUACUUUUAUAAAUUACACUACACACACAGUGCUUUGGCAGUGGAUUGUUUAUUUAUAUCAAGUAAGUUAUUAGGCCUUGGUGAUUGAAUUGUUUUCUAAUAAAGGGAUGACGUAUGUUUCUGAAUGAAUGAAUGAACUGUUUACUUCUGGUAUGUUUUCUUGUGGAGGAUUUCUAUCGGCGUGUAUUAAUGAGCUCAAGUGUUGUUUUGAAAGAUUUUCUGAUGUUUGCUGUUCCAUUGAAUCAAAAAGGGGUCAGAAUAGUGAAUGGGAAUUCAUUACAGUAUUAUUAUUAUUAUUGUUUUAUUUUUCGCCUAACUGACUGCAAUCAUUACUGUUAGCAUGGCUGUCAAAAUUCCACAACACCUCCUGUAUGAAAUAACGCAAUAGAAUUCAUCACUACACAUUGUUUUUACAUUUGUUGCCAUUUAAACAUCUGAUGUGACACUUUAGGAUGUUAAAUUUCAUCCCGAGGAUUAUAUAUAAGGACAGUCGAGCUUUCUGCCAACUUAUAUUGAUAGCUGCUGUGCCUAAAUCUUACUUUAGAACACAUAAACACUACAGACUAUUUAAUCUUUAACUGCCAUACACUUGUACAGUAAACCCAUUUUGAGAUCCAUUUGUAACCAUUCUGCUUUGCUUUUACAAGACAAUGAACAAUUACUGAAAGAUGAUUUGGACUGUUUAAAUAAUUUAUUGCAUGGAUGGGUUCUCUGUUUCUUUAUCAUUAUUGGUGUCAGGAUUGUGUAGAUUCACGUUUUAUUUACUUGAGCAAACCCAUCUGCGUUAGGAGAAUAUGAUGUUCAGAUGUGAUCUACAAAAUGCAUGUUGAAUCUAUAGUCAUGCUCUGGUUUCAUGAAAAGGUUGUUGGAUGGUUUUAAAUCUGAAUGUUGGUGGUUUUACUUUUCACGUCUAUUUUUUUAUUUUUUUUGGCUGAUUGUUUUUUUUUUUAAUGUUGACAAUGAAAUGUAAGGUCUUGACAUUGUGGAAUUUGUCUGUGUUGAAUAGCAAUAUUGCAAGACCAACAUUCCACUGUUCUUUGAAAACCAAUUGCUGUUAAUUUAAUUCUUGUAAUUAAAAUGUUUUGGAUGAAACCA